AUGAGAGUCCGAAAAUCCAAUCCACGCCGUAUUCUCUACUCCAUCUUUGUGAUAUCCAUACUCUCGUCUGGUGGCAAGCGAUCUUCCCCAACCUAUUUUCCAGUCGCAAAUGGCCUUAACAGUUCCAUAAAACGGAAUGCAAAAGGACAACCUCGAUUGUGUUCUGUCAUGGAAGUCAGUCUGAAUGGAUUCACGAGGUUAUGUUUUGGUAAAGCAACGCAAAAAGACAUCACAAUUCAAGCCCUUUCCAAUCGGAAAGUAUUACAAGGAAAAUUGGAGUCCUUACAAGUUUCGAUGAAAAAAUCCAAGUCAUCCUUGAUAGCUUUGGAUUCUGUGACCAUCACAGGAAACGAUUUGAAUUUUGGGUAUCUGCCUUUGGUCAUUGCAGCUAGCCUUCCCACGCUCUUUUUUCUGCUUUCCGUCCGAGAAAUAUUUUAUCUUGCACUCUUUGUGUUUCUAUGGAGAAAUCAACGACAGAACUUGCUCCGUCCGGAACGAAUCAAGGCAAUAGAAACACGAAUGGAACGACAAAGACAAAAAGUAUCCAAAUUUCUAUUGGGAGAAGGUCCAUGUCGGCUCAACUAUCAAAUUACAAUGACCAAUGACUCUUUGAAAGACUCGGCAUGGGUCCAGGUUCUCGCUAAAUCUCUGGUACAAACCUUCAUGGCGAACUCCGCACUGCCACUGGCGGCCGCAGUCUCAGAUGUCACCAACAAUCUAAUGCUACUCGAAGACUCGUCAUCACCACCAUCAUCUCCAUCCAAUCUACGAAAUGCUGGUGCGAGUGGUGGUAGUCUAUCGACCAAUAAUCCAAAGGACAAUCCAAUCUUGACGCUCUGGAAGGAACAAGAAGAAGCCCAAAACGACCAACGACGACGAAAUCAGCAGCAGCAGCAGCAGCAGAAGCAAGAAGCAGCAUCCACAGCGUCUCCAUCUUUUCCCUUGACGGAUUUGUUUGCCGCAACCUCGUUCGAAUUACGCCAAGCACCAGUCUUUGCCAAGGAUGGUCAUAUUUGGUUGCCCUGUGUGGCCAAUCUACCGUAUGCUUCCAACAACAACAACAACAACAACAACAACAACAAGAGCCAGUUGGACUUUACGCUACGAACCAAACCAAAGGUUGCUUCUACCUUUCCACAACAACAACAACAACAAAAACAACAAGGAUUGGAAUUUUCAGCCGCCGAGUGUAGUUUGGAUGUCAAGGCCACCCAAACGCCCGAAUGGGCCAAACAAUUCUUGCCAUCCAUAGUCUGGUUGCCCAUUGGUGCAGCAGGAAUGAUUUUACCAAUUGGCGGUUUUAACAAGCAUCAACUAAAACGUGUCACAGUCCAAGACGAUGCCUGUCAGAUUCAAGGAGAAUUGGACUUGUUUCGGAAAAAGUCAUCUGAUGGUAGUAGUUUUAUGGGAGAAGGCCGCAUCAUUGGUAAAACCUUUGGGAAUUUGCUUCAAUCCUUUAGUAGUAGGAAACGGCGGGAAAAGGGCAAUGACACCGAUGAUAGACCAAAGCUACCUGGUGGGAAAUGA